GUUAAGGCUAAGAGCGGUAGAGGUAUAUUACAUGCGCUUUGGAUCCUCAGGACUGCUGGAAUUUUCCAAAUUAGUGUAAUAGUGUGACCUACAAAGAAUACUGAUUAGAGGCAGAGACUGCACUCCGAGAUCCUAUGAAAGACCUCAUUGGACUCAGCUCCUGGAGAGAGAAGCUGUGUCAGAGCAGAGAAGACCUCAUCCGGGUGUCUCCACACAAGAUAUAUCCUGAUUACUGAAGAGCAGAUUGUGUACAAAAAGCUCCCGGUCACUUUCAGAAGCUUAUAAAGGGCUGCUUCAGCUCCAUUCACUGUCAAGGAGUGACCUUCGGGGACCAUGGCCCAAAGUCUGCAAGAGGAGGUGACCUGUCCAGUUUGUCUGGAAAUUUUCUUCUGUCCCAUUUUACUCUCCUGUGAACACGUUUUCUGCUUUCACUGCAUGCAGACAUGGAUGCUAGAAUGCAGGGAUCUGAAAUUGACCUGCCCCAUGUGUCGAGGGGUAACUGAGAGCCCCCCUUUGGAAGAAUGGCAAAUCGGAGCACUAUCCCUUCUGAUUAGACAGCACAGUGGCCUGCUGGUGAAAAGUCUGCACGUGAGCAAAGAGUUGCUGAGGUUCCAGGAGGAUCUGACUCUGGAUGCAAGCACUGCCAGCCCCUUCCUUGUCCUCUCUGAUGACUUAAGGAAUGUUUGGUGUGGGAAGACAUGCCACAACCCAGUAGAAGAUCCCCAGAGAUUCACCUCCCUGACCUGUGUCCUGGGCACCCCACGCUUCUCGUCUGGCUGCCAUUACUGGGAGGUCGAGGUGGGAGACGGGAAGGAGUGGACUCUAGGGAUCUGCAAGGAAUCAGUCGACAGAAAGUGGAAAGGCAGGCUCUCCGCUGAGCACGGCUUCUGGGUUAUCAGCAUGAAGGCAGGAACAAUCUGUAUCAACUCCAUCCCAGAAACCAGAAUUCCUGCAAGCCCCAAACUUAGCCAUGUAGGGAUUUUUUUAGAUGUUGAGUUGGAAGAACUCAAGUUUUUUGAUGUUAAAGAUAAUGCCCUCAUCCACACACACAGUCGUCUCUCAUGUUUGGAGCCUUUGCGUCCAUUCUUCUGUCCUGAGUUGCCUACAGACUGUGACAGGGGCGCCUCUCUGAAAAUCUGCUCAUGAGAAACUCAGCACUUCCUGGAAACUUUCUCAGAGAUGAAUGAGACCUUUGACCUGAGAGAGGUCAGAAUGACCUAGGGAGAGAAAAUGUGCUGUCGUAGAAAGAUUUUUAGAAAUAGGUUUUGUAGACUUGGCAACUAAACAAUUUUGUUUUGUAGACUUUCUAGCUAAAGAUCUGUGGGGUCGUAGGGGGUGUUAUGAAGUGUUCUAGGCCUCAGUUUUCCUCGUCUUCAAGUGGGUAUAAUUAUAUUUCUCAGCCAAAUAGUUGUGAUGAUCAGACAGUGCUGUGCAUUUAUUUUAUAUUAAAUACAA